GGAUGUUAGGGCAGCAGCAGCAGCAGCAGCAGCAACAGCAGCAGCUGUACUCGUCGGCCGCGCUCCUGACCGGAGAGCGGAGCCGGCUGCUCACCUGCUACGUGCAGGACUACCUGGAGUGUGUGGAGUCGCUGCCCCACGACAUGCAGAGGAACGUGUCGGUGCUGCGGGAGCUGGACAACAAAUACCAAGAAACUUUAAAGGAAAUUGAUGAUGUCUAUGAAAAAUAUAAGAAAGAAGACGAUUCAAACCAGAAGAAACGCCUACAGCAACAUCUGCAGAGAGCGUUAAUCAACAGCCAGGAAUUGGGAGACGAAAAGAUUCAGAUUGUCACACAAAUGCUGGAAUUGGUGGAAAAUCGGGCAAGACAAAUGGAGCUGCAUUCACAGUGUCUCCAAGAUCCUGCUGAAAGUGAGCGGGCCUCAGACAAGGCGAAGAUGGAGUCUAGUCAACCUGAAAGAUCUUCUAGAAGACCUAGAAGACAGCGAACCGGUGAGAGCCGUGAUUUAUGUCACAUGACAAAUGGGAUAGAAGACUGUGAUGAUCAGCCCCCGAAAGAAAAGAAAUCCAAAUCUGCUAAGAAAAAGAAACGCUCCAAGGCCAAGCAGGAAAGGGAAGCCUCACCUGUUGAGUUUGCAAUAGAUCCCAAUGAACCUACCUACUGCUUAUGUAACCAAGUGUCGUACGGGGAGAUGAUAGGCUGUGACAAUGAACAGUGUCCCAUUGAGUGGUUUCACUUUUCCUGUGUCUCGCUCACCUAUAAGCCGAAGGGGAAGUGGUACUGCCCCAAGUGCAGGGCAGGCAAUGAGAGGACAAUGGACAAAGGCACUGAAAAGACACGCAAGGAGAGGAGAGCGAGGUAGUGAAGGCCCUCUGUGUCUCAAGAGGGUUGCUUGUCUUUUAUAGCAGUGGUUUACCUUCAGAAAAUGUUUUAGGGGAAAUGCAUAAGACUAUGCAAUAAUUUUUAAUCAUUAGUAUUAAUGGUGUAUUAAAAGUUCUUGUACUUUGUCUGUGACCUUAAUUUUCUGCACUGAAUUACCAGAUAUUUCAAGCCGGGUGGUCUUGAGCACCUGACGGAAGGAGCAGGAAGCAGGGAGGAUGUGGUCCGAAUGAGCUUCAAGCAGCUUCCCAAAGCACGCCUGUUUCAUUUUCACCUCAAACUCCCAUGCUGGUUUGGGGGAACUCCCAUGCUGGUUUGGGGGUAAACACAAAAGUUUUGAUAACAUCUUAGUUCUGUGUGCUUACCAUUUUUUAUGUAUUGUUGGAUUUCUCUGUGUCAAAUGAUCUUGGUGAUUUCAAAUACGAACACUAUCCUGUUUAGAGAUUCGGAUUGGCCCCAUGUAGUAUUCAUACACUUGUUAAAUCUCUAGUCUUCCAGAAAUUUUGGGGACUAGGGAGAAGAGGUCUCUGUGGUCCCGUGUGGAAUAAUGCAAUCCUCCUGGAGUAUCGGCUGCUGGGUUUCUUGGUAGCUUUUGAUACCUGUCAAUUGUAGCACCUGUAAAUGUCAAGCUGCUUUUUCAGAACAGGUGCACCUUGUCUACUACUUAAGAAGGGACUUGUUUUGUUUUGUUGGGACAGGUAAGGCUAGUUAAAAUACCAAAAAUGCUGCCAUUGGCUCGGACUGGCAAGAUUGGGAUUAUUUACAUCAUGGUUCAAUUUAAAGAUUGUGUCUUGAUAUUUUCCACAUGACUAGUUGCGGGGAAGUGUCGCCACAGACCUGUCAGUGGGAAAGGGCACAUAGGAGUCUUUAAAUAUUGCCUUUUCUGUCAGUUAUUUUAAAUAGGUUUGCUGAGGGCUAGAGUUUAUUUCUAUCCCAAUGAGUAAUUAUACAUUAUUUUAAAUAAUAGUAUAUUUACCUUAACCUCUGGUAUUGGUGCUGUUUGAUAUUUUCAUGUUUAUUGAACUAAUUUCAUUAUAACAAUACAAUUAAUAAUGUAUUUGUAAAUUGAACUUUCCCGGAUUUUGAUAUUUUAAGGGUAAGCAUCUUGAUGGAUGUAUUGUCCAUGCAUUGGAGAAGUUUUUGAUUAUGGGGGGCAGCAGAUGGACCAGUCCUUUAAACUUAUGUGUAGCAUACUUCUUAUUCAUCAUUUCUUUCUAAUCUGAUGACCUUGAUUCUUUUUGAUUUAACAUGUGAAAAAUCCUGUCUGCUUGUUUGGAAAAAAAAAUGGCUUUUUUCUCUUCA